GUUAGGCGCGCGCGAGCGACCAGUGGCUGCUGCGAUCGCACUUGACCUCAUUCUGCUCACUGGGCCAUUCCUUCGUUGACUUGACCCAUCACCCAAACGAACAAGCUCUAGUGACUUGGAACUCAACGACAUGACAGACCUUAACGCCGUCACUGAGGAGAAGGUCGCUGUAGAGGGAAUCGCCACUCAGGCCACGGUUAAGGCUCCUCCAGAGAAGAACGCACGCAUUGCGACGGUCACACUUCCAACAGCUGAAGACGGUCACACGAGCGGGGAGGACGAAGGUGUGGAAGAACAGGCGGACGUAGACGACUCCGAGAUACUCGAGGACCUUCCGGACGAUACAGAGGAAAUAGAACUCAUUCACUCAAGACUGAACUCUAUCAGUAGGCUCGGACUGCAACGGUUCGGCAGACACCUGCGGAAGCUAUGUCUGCGGCAGAACUACAUCUCGCAACUGGAUCCGGAGGUCAUUCAGACACUGGUGGAACUAGAGGAGCUCGACAUGUACGACAACAAGAUCAAGUCGGUUGACGAUUCUCUCUCCGCGUUGAAGAAGCUCUCCGUGCUAGAUCUCUCGUUCAACCUCCUGCGGGACGUGCCCGAGUCAAUACAGUAUCUCGCUUCGCUGGAAAAGGUGUUCUUUGUGCAGAACAAGAUAUCACACAUCAGCGGGUUGGAUCGUAUUGGCCAGACGCUGCGCAGCCUUGAGCUUGGUGGUAAUCGACUGCGAAAAAUCGAAAACCUGGACUCCCUUUUCGCCUUAGAGGAGCUGUGGCUGGGGAAGAACAAGAUUGCAACACUGGAGGGUCUGGCCGGUUUGAAGAACCUGCGCAUAUUGUCGAUUCAAUCGAAUCGUAUCACGAAGCUCGAGGGCCUGGAGGGCUUGGAAAACCUCGAAGAAUUCUACAUCAGCCACAAUGGCAUCCUUCGACUGGAAGGCCUCGAGAAGAACACGAAGCUGAGAACCCUUGACAUCGGUAACAACUUUGUCGAGGCUCUGGAGAACGUGUCACAUCUCAGCAAUCUGGAAGAGCUUUGGAUGAACGAUAACAAGGUCGAUUCUCUCGAUGCGUUGGAGCCACAGCUCAAGCACAUCAGUACUCUCGAGACCAUCUACCUCGAAGGGAACCCAGUGCAGAAGAAAGAAGGUACGAGCUACCGAAGAAAGGUGAUCUUGGCCCUCCCGCAAGUGAAGCAGCUAGAUGCGACGUACGUAAAACAAUUCUAGCCGACACCCCUAGGCACAUCAAAGGAGCAUCCCGUUCCAUCCUCGGUGAUUCUACGCGCGCCUUGAGCGCGCCGACUGAAUGGCGCGUUCGCGCAAAGCCCCCGAGCGAUCGCGGAUGUGGGAGAUGCAUCUUAGUUAUCCGCGCAACGAUCGGGUCCUUGUACAUAUCGGUGUAAAUGGCUCGAUCGCUCACGUAGCAACUCGGAGGUCUGAUCGUACUUAGCCUCGAUUGCAAUCGCUUCGUGGUCACAUCAUCCCAGCGGAUCAUUCUGGGGAGUCCCUAUGCUUUGGUACGCUGCCGUGACGUUACUUGUGUGACGCCACGCGUUCGUCACGGGGCGCGUCGGUGCCGAGAACACCGGACAUGAUCAGUCUGCGUUUCAUU